AUGUCGUGCAGCAUCGAAAUCGUCACAACCCCUACGGCUGAUACGCCAGGCACAACGCUGGUGCUGCGAACGGCGAGCAAGCACUAUGUUUUCGGUAAUCUGGCAGAGGGUACUCAACGGGCAAUGGUACAGCAGGGCACACGUCUGCUAAAGGCCCAGGACUUCUUCUUGACAGGGAGAGCAGAGUGGAAGAAUAUGGGCGGGUUGAUUGGCAUGAUGCUCACAUUGGCUGACUCGAGUACGAGCUCUUAUACCACAGCCAUGGAAUCAUUUCGUCAGGCUCAGGAGCGGGGAAAGAAAGGCGAAGCGCCAGCAAAACCGCACUUUGACAUAUACGGACCGCCGAACCUAAAGCAUACACUAGCAACAUGCCGGAGAUUUAUCUUCAGAAAGGGCAUACCGAUUAAUGCUACUGAAUAUGUAAAGCAGUCGCCUGAGAAGAACGAGGAUGGUGUCAUAGUCCCGACCUGGGAGGACGCAAGUAUCAAAGUGUGGGCCAUGUCAGUAUCGCCGAGCGGUUUUGAACCUGAUAAACAAGCGGAAGCUGAACUGGAAAAGCGGCAAAAGCACUUUGACACACACUUGAACACGUUCGACGAAUUUCAAGCUCCUGAGAACGAGAGUCCAGAAGACCGCGAAGCGAGAUACGGAAAAAUACGGACGGCGACCAUAAAGUACAUGUUUGACUCAAAUUGGAGGAUGGACACACUUGUAGAACGACAUAUCUCCGAGGUAGAAAUGCCUGCAGCCAUAUUCGUGCGUAACCCCAACACACACGGAUACGAGUCCUACCAAGGACCAAAGCCGGGCGGCCCAGAUCCUCUUCCUGAUAUCACCGUCUGGACCCGGACGCCAUGGCCUGGCGCUACCAUUCUGGCCCUUCCACCAACUAGGCCAGCGCCAGAAUGUGUAUCGUAUAUUGUGCGGUCGCUUCCAUUUCGUGGUCAAUUCGAUGUCGCACGUGCGAAAGCGCUAGGUGUUAAACCGGGGCCUGAUUUCGGAAAGCUGACCAAUGGCCAGUCAGUACAGAAUGCGAAUGGAGAGGCAAUAACCCCAGAACAGGUUAUCGGAGCUGACAGGCCUGGUCAAGGUGUCGCCAUCCUGGACAUUCCCUCAGUUGCGUACGUUGAAAGCAUCCUGCAGCGAGAAGAACUUAGCUCUCCAGAAGUGAUGACUGGCAUUGGAGCUAUCGUUUGGAUGCUGGGUCCAGGCGUCGCGGGCCAUCCGACUCUUGUUGAGUUUAUGAACAAGAUGGACGGUGUGGAACACGUAAUAUCGUCUCUGGAUACUGCGCCAAAUCGCAUUGCAAAUGACUCAGUAGCUGCACAGGCUACGCGUCUUGGACAGAUCGACCCAACAAGAUAUUCUACGCCCGUGUUCGACAACACUUCUCUACCACAAAAUAGUCUGUAUAGGACUGGUACGUCAGCAGUAUCGCUGUUGUCCAAAGGAGCCAUCGCCGCUGACCGGGGCAUGUCCUUUACACUCAUGCCGAAGUUUGUCUUGAAGAAGGACACUGCUUCCAAGCUCUUCGUUCCUAAUGAGAUACAAAAUGAGACCCCACCAGAAGUCCUGGAGUUGGCUAAACAGGCCCAGACAACUGUGCAUAGCAACCGCGCAGACAUGCUUAUGUGGAAACAGCUAUUGGCACGUCCUGACACUGAGGUUACGACUCUCGGAACAGGUUCUGCUUUGCCGUCUAAGUACCGUAACGUGUCUGCCACUUUAGUACGGGUUCCUGGUAUUGGCAACUAUCUUCUCGAUUGUGGAGAGAACACACUUGGUCAACUUUCAAGAGUCUUUCCCUAUGAAGAACUCAUUGAUAUCAUCAAGAACCUGCGGAUAAUCUGGAUCAGUCACCUACACGCUGAUCACCAUCUGGGUACAGCGGCGGUAAUCCGUGCAUGGUACCAAGUAGUACACAAUGCCGUUCCCAACUCCGAGUCCCUCGAUACUUCCGCGAGCAACGUAGACACUAGCGCAUACGGUCUUUCUGUAAUAUCGCACAGUGGGAUGCUACAGUGGCUCAGCGAGUACUCUGCAAUCGAAGACUUCGGAUACAGCCGGAUCCUCCCUCUUCAAAUCACCGCCAAUGAACCACGGAAGAGCUCGACAUUAUCCAUAGUGAACUCGUUCGGAAAAGAUGUGUCUGAGAACCCGAUCGUGCAAAGAGAGGACUAUGAGCGACUGUUUGGGUUCCAAGACAUACAAGCGGCUAAGGUAGCACAUUGUAACGGAGCCAUGGCUGUUUCAAUGACUUUCCCGAGCUCGCCAUCAGACCCCAAAGACGUAAAGCCACUCAAAGUCAGCUAUUCGGGUGACUGCAGACCGAGCUACCACUUCUCCAAAAUUGGAACUGACACGACUGUCCUCAUUCACGAAGCAACUUUCGAUGAUGAGCUCCAAGGUGACGCGAAGGCGAAGAAACAUUCCACCACGUCCGAGGCUUUGGGUAUCGGCGCGCAGAUGAAUGCUAAGGCUGUGGUGCUCACGCACUUCAGCCAGCGAUACCAGAAAAUUCCCGUCUUACAGACCGUCACCGACGGUGAGGAAGAGGACCCACUACUCAACCCCAAAGAAGUCGCUGAAGACGUUCCCAUGGAAGACGAAGAAGCCGAAGUUGACCCCACUAUCGAGAAUGCAGACAAUAUGGACAUGCACCCCACUAUUCCAUCUGCCACAGCACCAGCUCCAGGCCCUGCGAAACCGAUCCCUUCGCUUACACAUGAAACCUCGUCUUCGCUCCGCGAGAAUGCGCGUGUCAUCAAAGUACGCAACAAGGACAUGAAGGUCGCCAUCGCAUUUGACUACAUGCGCGUCAAGAUUGGUGAAAUCUGCGAGCUGGAAAAGUUCAACGAUGCACUGAAUGAGUUACUUGUCAAGGAUGAGGACGCGGACGGCGCACUAGAGGGAACUACAAAGGGCGCGAAUGGCAACGGGAAGAGAGCGAGUGAGGACGAUGGCGAGGGCAAGGAGGGUAAAGGAAAGAAAAAGCAGAAGAAACAGAAAGAGAAGAGCAAGCGGAACAACUGA